UUUUAACCCAGAGGGUUUUGGUUUAGUUGAAAUGAGCCUGAAAGAAAAGAGAGGCUGCUUCUGCAGCAUUAUAUUUGAGCUAUGAUAGAAAUUCACGUUGGAGCAUUUUUACAUUCAAACUGGUUUCAGUGCAGCUGUGCCGAUGCUACUCAUCACUACUUAUCACACAGCAACAUCUGGUUGUGCACGACGAGCUCCUGGUCUGACUGUGUGAGUCUGAGGUUGCUUUAAGAGAACUUUAAGAGGAUUUCUUUUAAAGAUGUUUUCAUGAUUCAAAUCCAGGUGAUGCGCCUCGCUGCAGUCCAGGCUGUGAAUAUGAUGACAGCCAACAUGUUACUGAGUGUCUUCUUCGUUUCGGGUGUUUUGGCUCCUUGUCCUGGUGAUUCAAACCUCUUCAUCACUGCACCACAGAAGAUGGAAGCACUAAGUGGAUCCUGUUUGCACAUCCCCUGUACUAUAAGACCAGGACGAGAGUUUAACAGGACAAGAGACACCUUUGGAGUUUGGAUUAAAAAUGACUCCAGAUUUCACCCAUAUCCAAACAAUGUGAUUUACAACAGUAGCGGGACAGUUAAAAGGUAUCCAAUGAAGAUUACUGGAAACCUGAGUGAGAAAAACUGCACCACUCUGUUUUCCAGCUUAAAGACAAGUUACACAGACAGAUACUUCUUCAGGGUUGAGAGCGGACACCGGGCAACAGCUGUUUGUAAUCCUCUUCAAAUAACAGUUCAAGAUUUUCCUGCGAGCCCCAGAAUUGAGAUCUCAGGUGAUCUGAAGGAGAAGCAGUCGGUCACUAUAACCUGCUCGGCUUUCACUCCCUGUCCUCACUACCCUCCUAAACUCACCUGGACUCUCCAACAACACGCUCUCAGCAAAAUAGAGGAGAACAAGGACGGAACCUUUACAACUAAAAUCCAGGAGAGCAUCACUCUGUUAGACCAACAUGAUGGAUUCAACAUCACCUGUUCUGCUGCGUAUCCUGUGAAUGAAGGCAAAGACGUCAAGACAGCUGAGGAGAGAAAGACUCUCAGUGUUUCAUAUGCUCCUAAAAACACCUCAGUGACCGUCAGUGCGUCAGGCAGCUGGGUGAACCUGACCUGCUCCAGCAGAGCCAAGCCUCCAGUCAGCAGCUUCACCUGGUUCAAGAUCAGCAAAGACGGAGCCGUGAAUGUAUCUCAAGGACAGUUUUACAGCUUGAACGUGACACAUGGAGGAGUUUAUUACUGCGAGGCCACAAAUGAUGUUGGUCAACAAAAAUCACCAGAGACUCACCUGACUGGGAAGCUUGAUAUAUUUUUGCAAUGGCCUAUAGCUCUUGGAGGGACCGUUGUCAUCCUGCCCAUCUGCCUUGCACUCUGCAUUUGGCAGUUCAAGCUGAAACAUCAAACUCCCCAACAGACUCAGAGUCAAAGAGGUGAUGAGCUGGCUCUUCAACUGCCAUCCAGCAAAACAGAAGAAGACAUCCAUUAUGGAGAGAUUGAUUUCUCCAAGCAGAGACCUGAACUGUCCUCUUCCUUAGUGCAAGACAGUGGACAGCAGCAGGAUAUGCUGUAUGCACAAGUCAAAGUGGCCAAGCCAGCAUCCAGCUCACCACAGACUGCCGAUGGCCCAGAGGAAAUCUAUGCUCAAGUCAAGAAAUGAGCACUGUUUUGCGAUCACAUUUGAGAUGGACUCAUAUUAUACCUUUUUUUUUUUUUUUGUUACUUAUGCAAGAUGUUUAAUGUCAGCUAAUCUAGAAAAAGGCACCGAAGCCAACAGAAAAAUGUCAUUGUCACUGUGCAGUUUAAUUAAAAAAAAAAGGGGAAACUAAAAAGCACCACACCCUGCAGCUUUCAUAGUUUUGUCGGUUUGCACACUAUCAUAGUUUAUAUUUGUGUACUGACCUCAUAAGGCUGUUACUGUGUGAUUAGAAGUAAAAGCCCCAAAGCUCUAAACAGACGCACAUUAUCAGUGUAGAGCAAGAUUACAUCUCAUUUUGAGCUUUGUGUAAUUUAUGAUUUUACCAAUCAUUACAAGGCAUUUUUAAUCUCUUUUACUAGGUUGUACAUAUGAUUUUCAUACAUAUUUUGUAUCCCACAUCUGUAUUUGAAUUUCUUUAAAAAUGAACAUGAGACAUAGUUCCUGUAUUUGAAGGUAUUUAUUCAUUGCACUGUAAUAAAAACCUUUGCAUACAACUUCUAAAAAUACCUAAUAAUCUCAGUCGCAUUCAUUGGUCCAACAUUUCAAAAAUUGUGUGUAAACAUCCCCUGAAAUCAUACAGUUUAAUCACAAACAUUACAAAGUGGCAAGAUGAAUUAUGCAUAGUAAUCCUCCAGCCCACUGGACAUUUGCUACGUUUUAAGUCGUGAAGGGACUGCUGAUAAUCAUUUUGUCCAAUAUAAGGUCAAUUUAAAAUAAAAGGGCUUUAUCAUAAGUCACUAGUGUAUUAAAAGAGCCGAUGCUAAAA